AGCGUCCGGAAGCAUGGCCGCUGACCCCCGAUUUAUGUUGCACCUUGUUAUACCCAGGACCUCUACCUUGGCAAUCUAUACACACAGAUGAUACCUAUAGCACGGUAUAUUAUUACGCUCUCUAAUGGUGUUCACAUCUGCGAACAAUUUGCCCUAAGCCCCGAAACAAACAGAUCACCGUGAUGAAGGGGUACACGAACCCUUUUGAUAGAGAAAGAACAUGAGAGCACCUUCCUUCUCUUGCGCCAAUCUAAGCUACACCAUUCAUCACAUUCCUGAGACCAUCCUUAGGUACACUCUACUCAUCACCGUUUCAUUUACCUAUCAUUUGCUGCACGGCAUUACACUCGCUUGAAUAUCAACUCUAUCCUUAUACACCUAUAAUCAUCACACUCCAUCCACCAGACGUCAGCGAUCCUCAUUUUUAAUCAUGCCUCCUAGAAGAUCCUACAAAAAGAGAUAUGAAACAGACCAGACCGAUCGUCCAAGAGCGCCUAUCGAGAAUAUGACCAUGGCUGAUGCGGGACGUGAACUACAGCGACUUACCAGAAACAUAAUGCUCGCUAAACGAAAUAUAAAGCGUUGGGAAUCCGAGCAUGAGGAACUUAUCGCCCGUUUCUAUAAUUCCAAGGGAAAGAUAAUUGUGCCACCAGGAGUGGCUGAAAAGGCCAAUGUGAUAGCUCAUCAUGGCGAGAGUAGUGGUGAAAACUCUACGUUCGAGGGUGGUACAAAUAAGCCUGAGCAGACUCCUCCGAUUUCCGAGAGUGGCGAGGUCUUGGGAGAGGGUAAAAUGGACGUGGAUGAGGACGCACAAUGUGAGAAAGCCAAAGUUAUCGUUGGCAAUGCUGAUGGUCGCUUACAGGAGGUAGCUACGACUGCUACCGCCGGUUGCGACGAUCAGCUUCUUCCGGAUUCUGGGGACGUUGGGUGUUUGGACGACUUGAUGGACUUGUCGGAUGAACCGAAGGGAGUGGAGGAUUGCUUAGGUAGUGCCCUUGGAUCGCUCAAAAUCAAUGUUUAGGUUGCUGGUUAGGUCCACUGGUUUGAUAUGGAUUGUUGUUGUUGG